UUCGACAGCACCAACACCGUGAUGUAUCAUGGGGUAAAUUGUGAAUAACUGACUGAUCUACAAAUAAUACAUGAGUCGUUAUUUAUUGGCUCAAGACAAAACAAUAUAUUUUUUAUAAUUCAUAGGAAACUAUUACAGGUUAUUACAGGCAAGUUGACAUCUGGAGGGAACGAGGUAAACAAUGGUUUUGUCUAAAAGGGAUACAGUUUGUCAGAAUUUUACAGAAUUUUCUUUUCGUAGCCUGUUAGGAGAAUUUACGCAGCAGGUUAGGAUAAUUAACGUAGUAGGUUAGGUGAAUACGAUUAAGGUUAGGAAAAUGGUUAGGUAGUUAAAAUACGAAAAAAUAUGACAUUUUUGACGUCAGUGUGAAACUAUAUCCCUGCUAGGCUAGACCGUAAACAAGUGAUCACGGGACGGACACGUUGGACAAAUUCCUUUCUUCUCUGACUUCCUGUUUACUUCCUGGUUGUUCUUGGCAGGCCAGUCAGUUCGUCAAGUUUCGCUGAUCUUCAUACUAUGCGGGCAAGAAAGCGCGUUGAAUUGCUUUCCUUGCAUUCUAUCAACACCAACAGAUCUGCGAAAAAGGGUUGUGCCUAGGAUGAGUUUUGCGGCUUCUUAUUGGACGAAAAAUAGUUGCCCCGGACCAAAACAGGAAAUCCUAUUGGAUACUGUAAGGCUAUUUUGGCAGGAUUGAUUUUUCAUUGGCCGUAUGAUAUUUCGCAACGUUGGACGGACCAACAACAACAAGAUAGGGUGAAGCACUGUCGGGAUGGAUGCAGCUACUCUCACAUACGACACACUUCGCUUUGGAGAGUUUGACGAUUUUCCAGAGACCUCAGAGCCUGUGUGGAUCUUGGGGAAAGAAUUCAAUGCACUCACAGAAAAGGAAGACAUUCUUUCACAUGUCACUUCACGACUAUGGUUCACCUACAGAAAAAACUUCCCACCCAUUGGAGGGACAGGGCCUACGUCCGACACAGGCUGGGGCUGCAUGCUGCGAUGUGGACAGAUGAUCCUAGGCGAGGCCCUGGUCUGCAGGCAUCUAGGCCGAGACUGGAGAUGGGUGAGAGACCAGCCUCAGAGAGAUGAGUACAUCAGUAUCCUCAACGCCUUCCUUGACAAGAAAGAUGGCUACUAUUCUUUACAUCAGAUUGCCCAGAUGGGAGUCGGGGAGGGGAAGCCUAUAGGUCAGUGGUACGGACCAAACACAGUGGCACAGGUGCUGAAGAAACUAACCGUGUUUGACUCGUGGAGUCGCCUGGCGGUGCACGUUGCUAUGGACAACACUGUGGUGAUCGAAGAGAUCAAGCGGCUGUGUAUGCCCUGGCUGGACUAUGGUGGAGCAGCGUGUGUGGAUUUCGAGGGGGGGAUGCCGGAGCGUAACGGCUGCCUGGAGGGGGCCUGUGCCCUGGCUGAGGAAGAGACCGCUCUCUGGAAGCCCCUGCUUCUCCUCAUUCCACUCAGGCUGGGCCUAAGCCACAUCAACGAGGCCUACAUCCAGACCCUGAAGCAAUGUUUCCAGCUGCCCCAGUCCCUUGGUGUCAUCGGAGGGAAACCCAACAGUGCCCAUUACUUCAUAGGCUAUGUUGGAGAUGAGCUUAUCUACCUGGACCCCCACACCACCCAGCCUGCAGUAGAGCCCUGUGAGGACAGCCAAGUCCCUGACCACACCUACCACUGUCAGCACCCGCCCUGCCGCAUGCAUAUCUGUGAAAUAGACCCCUCCAUCGCAGUGGGUUUCUUCUGCAGAACGGAGGACGACUUUGAUGACUGGUGUCUGCGCAUCCGAAAGUUGUCCCACACUAGAGAAGGCCUGCCCAUGUUUGAGCUGGUAGACUGUCAACCAUCUCACUUCGCCUGUUCUGUAGACGUACUCAACCUCAAUCCUGAUUUCUCAGACUGCGAUAGGUUGGAGCGGUUCUUUGAUUCUGAGGAUGAAGAGUUUGAAAUUCUGUCCCUGUGAUGAUCGAAUACAGUCAUAUGUCCUGGCAGAGCCCCACCGAUUCUUCUCUGUAUCAGAAGGGAAGCCAUAGGGGGACGUCACUAGCCAACCUGGCGAUGAUGGCGUAGUGAUGUGUCAAACAGUUGUCUUCUGAUCUGAACAGCCACUGACUGCUCUCUGUGUCCAAUGAGGAGACUCGUUGCUAGGAGGUGGUACAAGGUAGCGGGAGCUUUCAAGACCAAUUCAGUUUCAGUACAAAAGUAUUGUCAUUUUUCCUAUUUUGUUGCAUUUCAACCUGUAAUUUAAGUGGAUUUUUAUUUUAGAUUUCAUGUAAUGGAUAU